GAAUACGGGAUGCUUAAAAAUGAUGAAGGAUGAAAAUCCAAACAUGUUGACUGUCCAUUGUGUAAUACACCGAGAAAACUUGGUUACCAAGAAAUUGUCCCCUGUUCUUAACAAGAUUCUUCAAAGUGUGAUCAAGUGUGUCAACAGCAUUAAAAGAAAUUCUAAAUCUGAACGUCUUUUUAAGCAGUUUUGUAUAAAUCAAAGUGCCGAACAUGUUCGAUUAUUGCUUCAUACAGAAGUAAGAUGGCUAUCAAGUGGAAACUGCUUAAAGAGGUUCAUGGAAUUAUUUGAUCAGAUUAACGACUUUCUUAGUGAUAAAUGUGAAAUGAAAUUGCUGUCAACAACGGAUGGAAAAGCAUUUGUCAGUUAUUUGACAGACAUAUUUGAGAAACUUGGAAACUUGAAUAAACAACUUCAAGGUGCAAACAUGACACUUAUUGAUGCAAAAGCAACGACUGAAAUUAACAAAGUUGUCUCCUCAAAUUAAAAACUUGUGCUGUAUGCAUCAGGCACAGGGUUCUCAC